CGGCGGACGCGGAAAGGACGCAGCUAGUCUGUCGGGUGCUUCGGCUCCCGCCUACUCGGCGGCGGUGGAGGCGAGAGCCUCUCCUCCUAGGCGAGAAGUGACCCGGUGUCCGGGAAUCCGGAUCUCGGCGCGGAGGGUGGGCACGAUGCGGCUGGGCUCCGGGACCUUCGCUGCCGGCUGCGUCGUGAUCGAGGUGCUCGGCGUCGCGCUCUUCCUCCGGGGCUUCUUCCCGACUCCCGUCUUUUCCGGAGCGGAGCGGCAAGCAGAGUCCCCGGCGCCCGAACCCUCUGCUGGAGCCAGUUCCAACUGGACCGAGCUUCCACCACCUCUCUUCAGUAAAGUUGUUAUUAUGCUGAUAGACGCCUUGAGAGAUGAUUUUGUGUUUGGGUCAAAGGGUGUGAAAUUUAUGCCCUACACAACUUAUCUUGUGGAAAAGGGAUCAUCUCUCAGUUUUGUGGCUGAAGCAAAGCCACCUACAGUUACUAUGCCUCGAAUCAAGGCGUUGCUGACAGGGAGCCUCCCUGGCUUCAUCGAUGUCGUCAGGAACCUCAAUUCUCCCACAUUGCUGGAAGACAAUGUGAUCACACGAGCCAAAGCUGCUGGGAAAAGAAUCAUCUUUUAUGGAGAUGAAACAUGGGUGAAAUUAUUCCCAAAGCAUUUUGUGGAAUACGAUGGAACAACCUCUUUUUUUGUAUCAGAUUAUACAGAGGUGGAUAAUAAUGUUACAAGGCAUUUGGAUAAAGUACUAAAAAGGCAGGAUUGGGAUGUGUUAAUCCUGCACUACCUCGGGCUGGACCACAUCGGCCACAUUUCUGGGCCCAACAGCCCCCUGAUUGGGCACAAGCUCAGUGAGAUGGACAGCAUCCUGAUGAAGAUCCACACCUCACUGCUGUCAGAGGAGAGAGAUACUCUGUUGCCCAGUCUGCUGGUUCUCUGUGGUGAUCAUGGCAUGUCUGAAGCUGGAGGUCAUGGAGCCUCUUCCAUGGAGGAAGUAAACACUGCUCUGGUCUUAAUUAGCUCUGCAUUUGAAAGGAAACCUGGUAGAGCAAAUGAGACAACGACACCUGCAGUCGGCCCUCCCUGUAUCCCUGUCAACAGAUGGUGCCAUUCACACAGUUCUUCAGGUGAUGUCAGACAUCCAACGCACGUUCAACAGACUGAUUUGGCUGCGACACUCUCAAUAGGACUGGGUCUGCCAAUUCCGAAGAGCAAUAUUGGCAGUCUUAUGUUCCCAGUUGUAGAAGGAAGACCAAUGCGGGAACAGCUGAGGUUUUUACAUUUAAAUACAGUACAGCUUAGCAAGUUGUUGCAGGAGAAUGUCCCAUCAUAUGAAAAAGAGCCUGGAUUUGACCAGUUUAAAGUGUCGGAAAGAUCGCACGGGAACUGGAUCAGAUUGUACUUGGAGGAGAAUAACUCAGAAGUCCUUUUCAACCUGGGAGCCAGGGUUCGCAGGCAGUACUUGGACGCACUGAGGACACUGAGGCUGUCGCUGAGCAAACGAGCGGCCCAGUACGACAUCUACUCCAUGGCGGCGGGGACCGUCAUGGUCCUGGAGGUCCUCGCCCUGCUCCUGCUCAGUGUCCCGCAGGCGCUGGGCAGCAGGGCUGAGCUGGACGUGCCCCUGCUGUCGCCCGUGUGCUCACUGCUCUUCUACCUGCUGCUCCUGGCCCUCGCGGCGCUGCACGUCGCCGUGUGCACGGCGGCCGACAGCUCGUGCUACCUCUGCAGCCUCCCGUGGCCGGCUGCGGGCGGCGUGAUGGCGCUGACAGCCGCACUGCUCUGUGCGGUCGUGUCUGCUCUCACCAGGACUUUUGCCGGCGGAAAGUGUCUGAGUCAGAAUCCACCUCAGUCCACCUCAACGUGGUCAGAGUUAGAUCUUCUCAGCUUCUUGGGAACCGUGGGCCAUGUGUUGAGUCUGGGCUCAAGCAGCUUCAUUGAAGAGGAGCACCAGACCUGGUAUUUCCUCAUCAACACGCUGUGUUUAGCUCUGUGCCACCAGAUCUACAGAAACUGCUUUCUGGGAGACGACUGUGCCCCUCAGCAUUGCCCACACAUGGGAGAGGAGUUUGACGGGGUCACGGUGGCCCUGCAGGGCAAGCGUGCUGGCCGUGAGGGGUGGGAGCUCAGCCGAGCGCCCGCGGACCCCUCCUCCCUGGAAGCCCUCAGAGGCCCUGAGCGGUGGAUGGUGCUGGCGAGCCCCUGGCUGGUCCUGGCCUGCUGCCGGCUGCUGCGGUCCCUGAACCAGACCGGUGUGCAGUGGGCCCACCGGCCCGACCUGGGGCACUGGCUCACCAGCUCUGAUCAUAAGGCUGAACUCUCUGUUCUGGCUGUACUUUCCCUCGCCAUGAUUUUUGUGUUGGUUCAGAAGAGGUGCUCCCUCACAUCAAAAGUGGCCAUGGCGUUUGGCCUGCUGGGCGUCUAUUGCUACCGGGCGGCCAUUGGAAAUGUGCUGUUCCCAUGGAAACAAGACAACAAAGAUGUUUCAAAGGGCAUUACUGAGGCUCGUUUUGUUUAUGUCUUUGUCCUUGGCAUUCUGUUCACGGGCACCAAAGACUUGCUUAAAUCUCAAAUCAUUGCUGCAGACUUCACGGCCAGGACUGUGGGCCUUUGGGAGAUAUACAGUGGUUUAGUUCUCCUGGCAGCGCUGCUCCUCAGACCCCACAAUCUUCCUGUCUUGGUGCUGAGCCUCGCGAUCCAGACCAUCAUGACUCAGUUCAUCUGGAGGCCCCUGAGGCACAACAUAACUGAGGUCACUGUGAUGCAUUACUGGUUUGGUCAAGCAUUCUUCUAUUUUCAGGGAAACUCCAACAGCAUCGCCACUGUGGACAUCUCAGCAGGCUUCGUGGGCCUGGAUGCCUACAUGGAGAUCCCAGCCAUGUUCCUGACGGCAUUUGCGACAUACUCGGGGCCUGUGCUGUGGGCCAGCCACCUGGUGAACUUUCUGACCUCAGAAGCCAGCAGCGGCUCGGCACUCAGUCGUGCUUGCUUCUGCUACGCACUCAUCUGUUCUACUCCCGUUUCUGUGUAUGUCGUUUUGGUGACAUCCCUGCGUUACCACUUAUUUAUAUGGAGUGUGUUUUCUCCGAAACUUCUCUAUGAGGGAACGCGUCUGCUCAUCACAGCUGCUGUCUGCAUGUUCUUCACAGCCAUGGAUCAAACCAACACGAGGUCUUAGACUGAGCUAUCAAGACACUGGAAAAAUUAUAUGUUUUUAAACUCUUUUGUUUACUUCAUGGGUUUGUGUCACGAAGGAUAUCUGUUUAAAUGCAAGGUUAUUCUUUUAAAAAAAAGAUGUGAAUUCUAUAAGGUUGAUGAAUAGCUUCAAUUUCUUUGACUACUGUACUUGAAUUUAGAUUGAGUAGUAAGUAGUUUUAAAAUCUCAUUUUAAAAUACUUAGUUGGGUUAUGCAUCAUAUUUCCCUGUUGACAAUCUCUCCGGGAACUUCUGAGCUUUUAAUUUCCUCUGGAUAAGUUACCUGAAUAUAUGUGUUUAAAUUGAAGAAUACAAAGUUUCCAGGUUUGUUAGUGUCCAGGGAUUCUGUGGGACGAGGCUCACCUGCUGCCAGGGUACCCUUGCAGAGCUCAGGGCCUUUAUGAUCCAGGAACCACCAGGGGUCCCAGAAGCUUGGGUUUAUGUGGGCUAUAUCUGUCAGCAUUUAUAGCAUUUAAAAUUAAAACUAAGACAUUUAAAAUAAAUAUAUUCAAUCAAAAAUAAAGAUAUAAAUCAUUUGCAACACCAAGUACUGUAGCCCACUAGCCUCCUCUGUCCAUGGAAUUUUCCAGGCAAGAACACUGGAGUGGGUUGCCAUUCCCUUCUCCAGGGGAUCUUCCCGACCCAGGUCUCCCACAUUGCAGGCAGAUUGUUUACCAUCUGAACCACCAGGGAAGCCCCUAUUGCAUGUUAAUAUACCAUUUUAAAGAAAAAUAAAGGAAUCAAUGCUGAAUACUCAUUGGAAGGACUGAUGCUGAAGCUGAAGCUCCAAUACUUUGGCCACCUGACUUGAAUUGCUGACUCAUUGGAAAAGACCCUGAUGCUGGGAAAAAUUGAAGACAGGAGGAGAAGAGGGCAACAGAGGAUGAGAAGGUUGGUUAGCAUCACCGACUUAAUGGACUUGAAUUUGAGCAAACUCCAGGAGAUAGUAAAGGACAGGGAAGCCUGGUGUGCUGCAGUCCAUGAGGUCACAAAGAGUCAGACAUGACUGAGCAACUGCCAACAACCAGGAUGGAGGCUUGUUGAAAGGAGAACCAGCCGGAUGGUUAGAGAGCUGGAACUUUCAGGCCUGCCCGCUGAUUCCUGGUAAGUCAAUCACUAUUGGCCAGUGACUUAGUUAAUCAUGACUAUAUAAUGAAUCCUCCCUUAAAAAAAAAAAAAAGGAGUGCUUUCUUACCCUUUUUAAGAGUUCCCAAGUCAGGGAACCAGGAACAUUCUAUGUGCCAGCAUGCUGGGCCCCCAGCUCCACAAAAAAAGAAGGUCUUUGUUAAGGACUUUGCCCUGCAUGUCUCUUCAUCUGCUUCUUAAUUCAUAUCCUUUAAUAUCUUUUAACAGUAAAUCACUAAACUAGUGAGUAAACAUAAUGUUUCCCUGAACUCUGCUAGCCAUUCUAUCCAAUUAAGGGAAUGACCAGAGGAGAGGCUCUUGGGUGCCUCUGAUUGACAGUCAGUUAGUCAGAGGCACAGGCAGCAACCUGGCCCUGGGUUUGGUGUUGUCGGAAGUGGCAGGUGGGAUCUGAUUCUAUCUCUGGGUUGAUAGUAUCAGGACUGAGUGGGAUUCGUGGACUCCGUACUGCCACAGAGAGCUGCUUGGUCAGGAGAAGCCUCCACACGCAGUCAUUGGAACUGGGUCCAGCAACUCUUCUCAGUAUGAGACCAUCGAGUAAGGUUAAAAAUGUGUACCCCUAUGUUGGUAGCAGCAGUAUGCACGAUAGCCAAGACACAGAAGCAGUCUGAAUGUCCACCAAAAGAUGAAUGAAUCAAGAGGAUGUGGCACAUAUACACAAUGGAAUAUUACUCAGCCAUAAAAAGAAAUGAAUUUGACUCAGUUCUAGUGAGGUGGAAAGAACAUACAGAAUUACAAGGAGUGAAGUCAGAAAAAUAAAAACAAUUGUUGUAUAUUAAUGCAUAUAUACAGAAUCUAAAAAAAUGGUUCUGGUGAACCUAUUUGCAGGAAAGGAAUGGAAAUGCAGAUGUAGAGAUGGACUUGUGGACACAGUGGGGGAAGGAGAGAGUGGGACAAAUGGAGAAAGUAGCGUCAACAUAUAUACACUAUCCUGAGCACUGGUGAGAAGUUGCUGUGUAACACAGGAAACCCAGUCUGGCACUCUGGUUUCCUAGAGGGGUGGGAUGAGGGAGGGGAGGGAGGUGAGAUACAUAUAUCACUGGAGAAGGGAAUGGCAAACCACUUCAGCGUUCUUGCCUUGAGAACAGUAUGAAAAGGCAAAAAGAUGGGACACUGAAAGAUGAACUCCCCAGCUCAGUAGGUGCCCAAUAUGCUACUGGAGAUCAGUGGAGAAAUAACUCCAAAAAGAACGAAUAGAUGGAGCCAAAGCAAAAACAACACCCAGUUGUGGAUGUGACAUGAUGGAAGCAAGGUCCGAUGCUGUAAAAAGCAAUGUUGCAUAGGAACCUGGAAUGUUAAGUCCAUGAAUCAAGGCAAAUUGGAAAUGAUCAAAUAGAAGAUGACAAGAGUGAACAUUGACAUUUUAGGAAUCAGCAAACUAAAAUGGACUUGAAUGGGUGAAUUUAACUCAGAUGACCAUCAUAUCUACUAUUGUGGGCAAGAACCCAUUAAAAGAAAUGGAGUAGCCAUCAUAGUCAUUAAAAGAGUCCAAAAUGCAGUACUUGGAUGCAGUCUCAAAAAUCUGUAUGACCAACCUAGACAGCAUAUUAAAAAGCAGAGACAUUACUUUGCCAACAAGGUCCAUCUAGUCAAGGCUAUGGUUUUUCCAGUGGUCAUGUAUGGAUGUGAGAGUUGGACUAUAAAGAAAGCUGAGUGCCAAAGAAUUGAUGCUUUUGAACUGUGGCGUUGGAGAAGACUCUUGAGAGUCCCUUGGACUGCAAGGAGAUCCAACCAGUCCCUUGUAAAAGAAAUCAGUCCUGAAUAUUCAUUGGAAGGAGUGAUGCUGAAGCUGAAGCUCCAAUACUUUGGCCACCUGAUGCGAAGAGCUGACUCACUGGAAAAGACCCUGAUGCUGGGAAAGAUUGAAGGCGGGAGGAGAAGGGGACGACAGAGGAUGAAAUGGUUGGAUGGCAUCACGGACUCAAUGGACAUGAGUUUGAGUAAAUUCUGGGAGUUGGUGACGGACAGGGAGGCCUGUCGUGCUGCAGUCCAUGGUGUUGCAACCGAGUCGGACACAACUGGGUGACUGAACUGAAUUGAACUGAUUAUAUAUAUAUAUAUAUAUAUAUAUAUAUAUAAUGUAAUGUUAGUCGCUCAGUCAUGUCUGACUCUCUGUGACCCCGUGGACUGCCCACCAGGCUCCUCUGUCCAUGGAAUUCUCCAGGCAAGAAUACUGGAGUGGGUAUUCUUCUUCUUAUAUAUAUUUUCUUCUCCAUAUAUAUAUAAUUAUGGCUGAUUCAAGUUGUUAUACAGCAGAAACCAACACAACAUUUUAAAUAUUUAAAACAACGGACAUUAAAAAAAAAAAAGAAUGAAAUGAUGUUAUUUGCAGCAACAUGGAUGAACCUAGAGAUUAUCAUGCUAAGUGAGAUAAGUCAGACAAUGACAAAUACCAUAUGAUAUCACUUACAUGUGGAAUCUAAAAUAUGACACAAAUGAACUUACUUACAAAAUAGAAAUAGACCCACAGACAUAAAGAACAGGCUUGAGGUUGCCGAGUGGGGACAGUGGGGUGGAGGAGGGAUAGACUGGGUGUUUGGGAUUAGCAGAUGCAGACUCGUAUAUAUAGGAUGAAGAAACAGCACGGCCCUAGUAUAGAACACAGGGCAGUAUACUCAGUGUCCUAUGGCAAACGGCAGUGGGAAAGAAUAUAUAUGUACAACUGAGUCACUUUGCUGCACAGCAGAAAUAACACAACGUUGUAAGUCAGCGAUACUUCAAUUUGUAGAAAACAUGCAGGCAACACUAUAUAAUAUGCACAGACACACACUUUUGUUGUGGAAGCACAAAAACACUCCAGGUGUGGCCCAUGAGGAGCAAGAGGUGAGGGUAACCCAGAGGGUGAGGGGUCGCUCCGGCUGCUCCUAGACACUUCACAUAUUUAACAGUAAAAGAGAACUGUGGACUGAACAUGGGAAAUGAUAUUUUAAACUGUUCUGUGUUUUAUUUUUGAUGCAUAUAUUACUUGCAAUACAUUAGAUGUAACCUCCUUCCAGAGAAAAAUAAAGGAAGUGUGUGGGGAAGAGGUGUCCUAAGAGCACGGUCCCAUACCAAGGUCACGGGAGCAAGGCCUUGCACCAAGGCCACAGAAGCGGGGCCCAGAACCAAGGCCAUUUCCAGAACUUACUGAAACCCUUUGUAACCAUUGCCAAAAGUUCUGUUGAUCAUCACUAACAAGCUUCCUGACCAAAAUAGGCAAAGAGGCCCAAUCCAGUAUUCACCAUAUAACGCCCUAACCCAUCACCUAAUGCCACCCUUCCAGCAGGAAUCUUUUUUGUCUUGAGGCUAUAAAAAUUGGCUACUAACCCAGGAAAACGGCUUCCCUCAUAACUCAGUUGGUAAAGAAUCUGACUGCAAUGGAGGAGACCCCAGUUCGAUUCCUGGGUCAGGAAGAUCCACUGGAGAAGGGAUAGGCUACCCACUCCAGUAUUCUUGGGCUUUCCUUGUGGCUCAGCUCGUAAAGAAUCCACCUGCAACUCGGGAGACCUGGGUUCGAUCCCUGGGUUGGGAAGACCCCCUGGAGAAAGGAAAGGCUACCCACACGACUGAGCACCAUGAAAAGCAUCAGCUCUCCCUGGCCUGUCAGGAGGUCAGCCGCUGUGCUCACAGGGCCCUCAUUGUCUCUGCUCUCUGCUCUCAAUAAACUCACUCCUUUCUGAAA